GGAUCAGCAGCAUCAGCGGCCACUGUGUCCUAUAUUCAUCCAGCUCUCAUGGAACGGCACAGGCCCGCCAUUUCACUGAAUGCCUUCGCUGCUUUCCAAUCCUUCUUACAGGAAUAAAACAGACGGAGGUUAAACGCCGGGAUAAGUGUCGAUACAGGGAUGAGAGACGAACCACACAACCAGCCUUAUAACAAUAACAACAAUGUAACGAUUUCGCGGGAGAUAUUUAGUAACAUCGUUUCUGGAUUCACAACCGUCUCGGUCUGCGGAUAACUGUGUUUCAGCAUCUGCUUCAUACCGAUCUUUGUCUCGCAUUUUGCGUUUGGAGGUCGGCCAGGAACUGUGAACGCAAUUUAGUAGCAUUGUGAAUUGAAAAACGAGGAAAUAUUGUUUUAUCGCCGAUCGCUGGAAAGCAUUGAAGAUGUCUGGGCAGAGCAUUACAGACAGGAUAACUGCCGCUCAGCACAGCGUUACAGGAUCAGCCGUAUCCAAAACAGUAUGCAAAGCCACAACUCACGAAAUCAUGGGCCCGAAAAAGAAACACGUGGAUUAUUUGAUACAUUGUACCAAUGAGAUGAAUGUGAACAUUCCUCAGCUGGCAGACUCUCUGUUCGAGAGGACCACCAACACCAGCUGGGUCGUGGUCUUCAAGUCCCUGAUCACAACACAUCACCUCAUGGUGUACGGGAACGAGCGAUUUAUUCAGUACUUGGCUUCCAGGAACACAUUAUUCAACCUUAGUAAUUUCCUGGACAAAAGUGGCCUGCAAGGCUACGAUAUGUCAACAUUCAUUCGGAGGUACAGUCGAUACCUGAAUGAGAAAGCAGUUUCGUAUCGACAGGUGGCAUUUGACUUUACGAAAGUAAAGCGUGGUGUGGAUGGAGUGAUGAGAAGCAUGAACACAGAGAAACUCCUUAAAACCAUCCCCAUUAUACAGAACCAGAUGGAUGCGCUUCUCGAUUUCAAUGUCAAUGCCAAUGAGCUCACCAAUGGGGUUAUCAAUGCUGCAUUUAUGCUUCUCUUCAAAGACUCCAUCCGACUUUUUGCUGCUUACAAUGAGGGGAUUAUUAAUUUACUGGAAAAGUACUUUGAUAUGAAGAAAGUACAGUGCAAAGAGGGUCUAGAUGUCUACAAGAAAUUCCUCACCCGAAUGACCCGGAUUUCAGAGUUCCUCAAAGUGGCAGAACAGGUGGGAAUAGACCGUGGGGAUAUACCGGACUUGUCCCAGUUUACAGUAUGUGCCCCCAGCAGUCUUCUGGAUGCCCUGGAACAACAUUUGGCUUCAUUAGAAGGGAAAAAGGUGAAGGACUCCACCGCCGCCAGCAGGGCGAGCACACUCUCCAAUGCCGUGUCAUCUCUGGCCAACACUGGCAUGUCUUUCACUAAAGUCGAUGAGAGAGAAAAGCAGGCGGCUUUGGAGGAGGAGCAGGCACGUUUGAAGGCUCUUAAGGAACAAAGGUUGAAGGAGCUCUCGAAGCGACCUUCGUUCGCUACGACUGACACUUCUCCGGUCUUCACCACAUCGGCGAGCAUCAGCACAGCUCAUGCCAUAGAUCUCUUCUCCACACCCAGCUGCUCCAACGGCGCAUUGAAGAUGGAGAGCGACCUCUUUGACAUGCAGACUAACUUUCAGCAAGGCGUCCAGCCCGGACCCUCGGUGGCCACUGCUUGGGGAGAUCCUUUCUCUUCUUCUGAAGCUGUCGAUGACUCCAUUCCAAACCUAAACCCUUUCCUAACCAAACUUGUCGUUGACGGUUCUCAUCUACCUGUUAUGUCAUCAGAUGGUGUUAGUUUCUCUUCUAGGACGUCAGGUCAUGAGAUUUUCGGUGAUCAGUACAAUCCCUUUAUUGAUUCAAGUUCAUCUGUAUCAACCAAUUGCAAACGCACUGUGCGGAUAGAGCACUUAAUCCAAGACUCAUUCGGUCAACCGUCUAUGCUCCAGCAUCUCCCAAACCCCUCUCCCUUCCUGUCUGAGCCCUCCACUGUAGCAGGCCUAUUCAGAGGGUAUGGAGCUCCACAUAUGCCUCCUCCACAUUGCUCAGGGGAGCUGCGUGUUGACUUUGAGUCGGUUUUUGGUACUAGAGCUGCUUCAUCCAAUAGCCUGGAUACAGAUGCAGGGAUUCUGAAGCCCUCUGUGGCCGGUUCAAGUCAGUCCUCCAAUCAGCAUCCAGAGAAACUGGUGUCAGAUGAUCUGGAUUCUUCCUUGGCCAACCUUGUUGGAAAUUUAACCAGUUUCUUAUGCUCUGGUUUAAUAUUCAUGUUUACCACCUGCGUUUCUCAAAGCGAUAUCCACUGGAGCCAACCGGGAGAAAGAAAAUUAACUGGAGGAAUGAACUGGCAACCCAAAAAUGCUCCGUCUACCACGUGGAACCCUGUUUCUAUGCCACCAUCUAUCGUGGCUUUCCCUGCUACAACACCUACAGGAAUGAUGGGAUAUGGCAUGCCUCCACAGCUGCCCUCCAUGACAAUGAUGACCCAGCCCCCCAUGAUGUACACACAACCGGUCAUGAGGCCAUCCAACCCUUUCGGAUCAAUGUCCAGUGCACAGCCAUCUGCUGCCUCUAGCCCUUCCAGUCAGAGCCCUCUCAGAGCCCCAGGACAAGACCCCUUUGCACAGCUCUCUCUCAAGGAUUUCUUGUAGAGCUUCGUCUUUUGUCUAGAUGCAGUUUAUGUAACAAAAUAAAGUUGCUCCCCGAUGUCAACCCAUUAAGCUCUGUCCUCUGUGCCGGGAUGCUCUUCAGCGGACCAAUCCCACAACAUACUCCACGUCAAAGAUGUAAAUCAAGUGUGUUGAAAGACUGGGAGCAUACUGCAAUCAUUUCGUAAUUUGUUUAAGAUGUCAAGUGAUGCUGCUGUUCAACCCAUAAAGGGAUUCCUCAUACAUUUUAUAAUCCGUUAAGAUAGGUGAGGGCAUUGAGAGACUUUGAUAUUUUGUGUUUUAAGAUGCGGUCGUUUGAUUUCCCGGCUAUAAUCUGUUUUCUUUAACCGUGAGCGUCUGGCAAGAGAUAACAUGGUGAAAGUUGACCUAAAUCACAGUAUAACUCGGCAUCUGAUAUAGUAAGUGUUAUAAUAUAGUAACAGUAAGUUUGUUUCAUAUUUAGUUUUGACUUUAAUUGUAUUCACCAGUAGACAUUUCUUGCGUGUCUUAUGUAUUUAUUUAUGAAUAAUGCCUAAAAAAAGGAAACGGGAGAGUCAAUGAAUUACAUUUGGGAAAAAAACGAUCAAUAAUUCAACAUUGUUCAUUGGUGUUGGAUUGUAUAAUGAAGGUUAGAAUUUUAAAGCAGCUAUUAUGUGAAAAAAUACACCUGUAAGCUAAAUGAUAGAGCACUAACUAUUCUCUAAGUUUAAUGUCUAGAACAACUUCCCGUAGAUGAAAUGUGUGCAGCCCAAGGCUAUUGGGAGGGUAAUCAUUAGUGAACGGGUUUUCUAUAUAUACUGUGCUUGGGGGUUUUGCAAUGAGAUAUUUGUUUGGGUAAAAAAGCACUUCAUCUGUGACUGUGAAGUGUUGCACUUGGAAAGGGAUGUGUUCUGCAUUAUGCAUGGCAUGCCAUCAUUGUCACACAGACCAUUAGACAUGGCUGCCCCUGAUCUGAAUGUUAAGAUUUGCCCUCAUGUUUCAGACUUCUUGUCAAAUAAACAGCCUGCUCUCCAAAGUCCAGAAAUACUGGAUGCGAGCCGGCUGCUCCUUUAGAUAUUGGUGAUGGACGGGGUUAUUGAUAUCGCUGUAAAUUUCUAAUGUAAAAUAAAAGAAUCGUUGAUUGGGAGAAGGUCCGAGCACUGUUGAUCGGUGCUUUUAUGUAUAUAAACGUAUAUCAUGUAGGCAGUUUGUCCAGGGGUUGGCCUAGAAUGGUUUGAAAGAUGAAAGCAAUUCAAUCAAAUCUGAAUUCACCUACGUUUUACUGAAGAAUUUCUGUGUCGUCCUCACGGAUCAUUUUUUUGUUUGUUUAUGUAUUUAAAAGAUAUAAGAAGUCAGUGAAUUCUUUCUUUUUUCAAAUAAAAUGCAGCUUCCACA